AUGUGGCUGCUCCUGUGGCUGUUAUGCUGCACAGGCUUUGCCGGGUGUGCAGAGAAGAGGUUUCGAAAGUCAUCAGUGGCAGGCGGGGCUCUCUUGCUGUCGCUGCUGGCGGUGUUGUUGUACGUGACAUUCUUCCCAAAGCGUGUGCGCGAGCUGAAGGGGCUGUGCUGCGCAGUCACCGGCGCCUCUGAUGGUCUGGGAGUGUUCAUCGCGCAUGCGCUUGCGGCCGAGGGGGUGGAGAAGCUGGUCUUGGGUGCCCGGCGCGUGGAGAGGCUGGAAGAGGUCAAAGCCGACCUUGUGAACCGCUUCCCGAAGGUGAAGGUCCUGACGCUGAAGUUGGACGUGACGGACGGUGAGAGCCGAAACGACUUCCUACGCCAGGCCACCGCCUUCGGCCCGUGCCAAGUCCUCAUCAACAAUGCGGGGGUCCUUACGUAUGCUUUCUUCGAAGCCAUGGACAACCAGGCCAUGGAUGCUAUGCUCCAGACCAACCUUUCAGGCACUCUCCACCUCACGAAGAGCUUCUUACCAGAGUUGCUGAAAGAGAAGAGAGCCCACGUGGUCAACAUCUCUUCAACGGCAGGGGGCUGCAGCGUUGCCUAUGGGGGCAUCUAUGCCGCCACAAAGGCCGCCCUGACCAGCUUUACAAUAUCUCUGCGUCUGGAGAUGCGCUUGGAGAAGAAGCCCGUGACGUUUCACUGCGUUUGCCCCGGCUUGGUGGAGGACGUCGGGAUGGCUGCCUCUGCCUCCGGUAGGAUCGGCGCCACCGUCUCUGAGACGGGCAGAAACCUUGGGUGGACGUCGCCCACGAAGGUGGCUCAGGCCGUGGUGCGGGCGAUCCAGUACGACGAGGCACAGGUUCUCGUGAACUCGAUUCCUCUGCAGCCCCUCUUCGCUAUUGCUGCCUGCCUCCCUGAGAUCUGGGAGCUGACAUCGCCUCUUAUGGGAGCUCUGGGCUUCCAACUCUACCGGCACCUGCGCCGGAACGCCGAGCUCGGGGCCAAGUGA